UGUGAGAAUGAAGUUAUUAGCAACUCUCGUUUUUGUAAUUUGUGUUGGCGGAGUCAUCUCAAAAACUGUAAAAAAAUCUACAGAAGAUGCAGCCGUCCAAUCCAACCCAACUCAACAAAAAUCAAAAGAACCACAAAUAGAAACAAACCAACCAAAAAAAUUAAAGCUAAAACCCCGCUUCUCCAAAAAAGUUCCACAUCAACCUCCAGCGAUUAUAGCGAUUGAAAUAAUUGAUCCAAACGAUAACUCGACGAAAUCAAAAACUUCGAAACGCACGAUUCAAUCUGCUUUGGGGUAUGGAGUUCCUUCGCCGAAUUCUUAUGGGGUAACCGAUAAACCAAAAUUAGUUUUUUAUAAAUAUUCCCAACAAGAUAUUCCACCUUAUCAAGGACAACCUGAACCAACUCAACAAAAUUAUAACAAUAUUAACCAAAAUUCGCAACAAAACGGAAAUUUGUUGGUGCAAAAAUCGAUUCGAUUCGAUUUGGGGUCAACUCAACACAUCGAAUAUCCUAAACAUAAUCAAAAUUAUGAACCAACGACUUUAUUUGCCACUUUAAAUCCGCACGGUCAAGUUGGUGGGUUUACGCAAAAUGUUCCAAAUCAAGGUCAUAACGCACCAAUAAUUUUGCUUAAAGUUUAUACGAAUCAAUUGGGAGGUGCUAUUUAUCCUAAUUUGCCGGCUAAUCAUCCUUAUGCUGGGUUAAAUAAUGUUAAUUUACAAAAUAUGCUUAAUAAUUUUUAUGAUAAACAUUUUUAUCAACAACCUAAUACUCAACAAUAUCAAAAUGUUGCACAAUAUCAAAAUAACCAACAAAAUUAUCAAACUAAUCAACAAAAUUAUGAAACUAAUCAACAAAAUUAUCAACCACAAGCUCAACCAUUGUAUACUCAAGUACAAAAUCAAGGUCAAGAUUAUUAUUUGAAUCAACCAAAUCAAUAUCAUCAACAAUAUCAAGAUAAUGUUCAACAAUAUCAAUAUAAUCAACAAUUAGAUUAUGAUGGGUUGAUUACUCACGAAAAUUAUCCAUCGGAUGCGCAUACUAGAGUCGUUUUCCAUACAAAUAAAAUUAGUGGAAAAGAUGUUCAACAACCACAAGCUUUACCAUUAAAAUCUUCCAAAUACCAACAACCCCAAAGUUAUAGUUCAUUUGAGAUACAUAAUCAACAACAAAAAGCUCAAGAUUACGACGAUUACGAUUACUCCCAAUUACCAGCUAAUCAAGAUUAUUCUUUGAAGCAAAAUCAAGAUGAUCAAGGAUAUUAUUAUUAUAAACCGGAUAUUCAAACGAUUUUGCAAAAUAUUAGAGGUGGAAAAAAUAAUUAUCAGACGAUUCAACAAGAUCAACAAGAUUAUCAAGGAAAUCAGCAAGAUUAUCAAGGAAAUCAGCAAGAUUAUCAAGGUGGUCAACAAGAUUAUCAAGAUUAUCAAGGAAAUCAACAAGAUUAUCAAAGUAGUCAACAAAAUUAUCAAGAUAAUCAGGAUUAUCAAGGAGUUCAAGUGAAUUAUAAUGGUGGUAAACAAGAUUAUCCAAGUGGUCAAGCUGAGUAUCAAUCUCCGACUGAAAUUUCUGGAACGUUGAACGAAAAAGGACAAGUUGAUACACAAAAAGUGGUUACGCCUGUUAAUUAUCAUGCGCAUCCGAAUGGUUCGAGAGGAAAUAAAAAAAGGACGGUGAGAAGACCUGAAAGUCCUCGAAGGAUAAAUACUCCGAAAAUUAAAGUGGUUAAAGAGGAUUAAAUCAGUACAAUAAUAAGUUUGUAUUAUUAUUAAAUUUUUCGUGAUAUCUUAUUAAAACCUCCUCAAA